CUAGAAAGGAAAACCGACGCUUUUGGUUGGCGAAGUAACUGCCUUACAGCGGGGGUCUUCUUACCCCGAAAGCAUCACAAGGAGCCCGGACACCAGUGAGUGCGUAGCAGACACGUGUUGAUGUGUGGUCAGACAAUGGACGUGUUGUGAUUGACAUCAUCGGCCGAUCCCAACUAACGUAAUGCUGUCAUCAACGAGUACUGGGACAAAGGAUGGACAUGAGAACAUAAUUUGGCUCCUAUCGACAAGGAUGGACAGACAGUCAUUGUCCUGAUAUCAGUUACCAUUGACUUUAAUUAUAGUGAGCUACCAUUAUUAUUAAUUCUUUGCAACUAAGGAUAUUGAUAUUUUUGUAACAUAUAUGAGGGGGCACUUCAGUGCAAGAACUCUAAGCCAUAGGUAUGGCACAUAGCGGAGUGCAGAAAGACCACCUCUGCAAGGAUUGUGGAGUGUAUUUUGAUACCAUAAAGUCUCUGGAUGUGCACCUGCAGUACCACAAGGAGAACCUCCUCAUAAAGUGGGCGACGCAGCCAGAUGAGACGAACAACAAUAAUGCGUCUUCCAACAAGCACAGGGGCGGCGUCACGACGGCUCCCGCAGACUCCAGCGAUGGCAUGAUGAAGACUGAACCGGGUCGUGCGACAGGGAGCGGCAGUCCUCAGCCCAACUCUUUCAAUCAUCCACCGACGCCCAGCAGUUAUAGUAGUGCGCCAUCUCCUUUUCAAGACUCGUCAGCACAAAGAUUCUCUCCUAUGGCCUCGGCGGGUUACAGUCUGAGUGACAGGACUCCGCCCCACCAACAAAAUGGGGUAUUGCAUCCAUUCAGCCAGCAGUACAGCAACUUCAUGACCCCCAGUUCAGAUGGAAGUGGAUACUUCAUGGAUGGCAGUAGCAAUUCAGGGUAUAUUUUAGGCUCAGGUACAGAUUUCCCAGCAUCUUCCAAUGUGGACAAUCUCCGAUCAUCGCCAAAUUCAGUGUCAUCGCCGUCUUCAUCGUCGUCUAUCGGUCUUGUCAUUACGUCGACGGGCAUGUAUCGUUAUCAUCCGUACCACCAACCGCACUCAUCAGGGAGUCAGUUGUACGUACCUGAUCGUAACAAUGGCGUGACAUCAUCUGGACCGUCACCAUCCUCAUCCUACCAGCCACCACCGACACCCCACCAAUGUGAUAAGUGUGGCUUUGUGUGCAACAGCAGUUCAGUUCUGUUAGAACACCUCAACAACGCACACCCUCCAGCACCAUCUCCGCCAUACAUGAACAACCAGAUGCGGUUCGCACAGGAAGCCAUGUUUCAGAACUAUCAUGGCAGCAAUGAAAGUCCAGACACAGCAGUGGGCGGCCAGCAAGCUGCCGCAGCAGGAAAGAUGAAAGAUGAGCCAGCAGCAGAAAUUCUGGACCUGGAUUCACAUAAGGUGCACCAGGUGUACCAACCUGAAGGAGAGGCCAGAGCACUACAGUCUGCAGCGAGCAGCGAGGCCUCCAACAGGGGUGGUCAUUCCCACUCGGUGUCUGCCAUGCUUUGGGGCGAUACCCCACAGAAUAAUGUUAAUCCUCACGCGAUGUCUUCCACCGCACCUCAAGAGUUUCGUGGUGUGACAUCUCCAAGUGGUGUGACAGUUCCUCACCAGCAACCCAUGACAUAUCAGAAGGCAGGUGUAUAUUCCCAGCACCUGGCACCCAUCCCCGGGCAAGUAAUACACCCACACCUACAUCAUAUCACAUCAGUUCCUAACAUCUCAUCCUCUAGUCUUCCCCCUCCGGGUCCGAUGCCUUCGACAUCUCCCCACCACCAAAAGAAUGGGCAAUCAAUGCAGCAGACUUCUCAGCAAGGUGGUAACCAGACUUGGAAGUCAAAUGAGGCACGGAGACCUAAGACAUACAACUGUUCUGCCUGUAACAAGUGGUUCACCAGUUCUGGUCAUCUGAAGAGACACUACAACACAACACUGCACAAGAAUGCUGUUAAGCAGAGUGGCGCACCUGACCCAGCCACGCAACCCAUCAUCAAUCAUCACCAUCCUGGACGCGCUGCCACAGAUGUUGGAAAUAGUGCCCGAGGAACACCUGCAGGAGAGUCGCAUGUAACCCAGCUCAGUCCUGCAGGUCUAGGGCACCAAAUAGCAUCUGUGAUUGAAGACUCUUCCAGGAGCGAUGAUGCUAGUAGCAAUGGCAACUUUGGAAGGAUUACGCCAUCAGUUCAACAUGGCGGUCUGCUGCCAACUGGCAACCAACAGCAAGGGAGUUCCCCAAACCUGAUGGCAGGUCCCUCAGUAACAAUGGAGGCACAAAUGGGGGGCCUGCACUAUGUAACCUCCAGUUACAGCAGCGAGAACCCGCUACACAACCCUUCCAAUUCCGUCCGUACAUCUCCAGCGCCAGUCCCCCAAAUGCCACCAGAAGCAGUUUUGCACCAACUGGGAGCAGCUCCACAGCCACUUUCUUCUCAGCACCCUUACAUGUUGGGCCAAGUGGUUUCACCACCUCAUUCACAACCCCAACCAUCGCUGCCCCUCACCCAUCAUCUUAUCCACCACCCUAUCCCUCAGCACCAACCUCUGCACCCUUCCCAGCACCCCACACCCCCGCCUUCACUCCAGGUGACGAAUCUAACAGAGAUGUAUUCCCCAAACGGGCAGCCCCCCCACAUUUCUAUACUACAAGAACACCAGCCAAUGCUGCCAACUUCUAUCAACAACCACCUCAUACCUAUUACUGGUAAUUGUGGCAGCAGUGGAGGUACCGUGUCCCCGCUCAAUCUGCAGGAUGAACAACAGUUCCUGUUCCCAGUAACGUCCUCGCCUCAGCAGGACAAGCAGCCAUUGCCUAGCUUUGCUCAGAUUGGACACCACCCUUUUGGGGCAAACUCGCUAGUUGGCUUCAGUGGGCUAACAGCAUCCACUUCAUCUCCAAGUUACAGCAUGGUGAGCACGGGACCAACCUCAGCAAUGACUGAUAAUGUGGGGGGGCUCUUGAAUGGUGACCAGCACUUGCUGGCGACAAUGAAGCAGAGCGAUGUCUACAAGAACAACAACAAUCUGUACUGGUUCAACAACUUUGAGGAUCAGAAUAGCCUUCUGGAUGAAAGCAGCAGCAAGGAUCUUCUGGCAGACUCCAACGGAAACAGAGGUAAUGGAAACGUAUCAUUAAACCUUUCACCAACCACAGCAGACUGUCACACGUCUAACAUCGAUUUCGACAAACCACCGCAAACAGAGACGCGUGCUACGAAUACCAGACAUGAAGAUGAUAUCACCAGCACAGGUAUGGAAGAAAUUACAGCUAUGGUUGCCAACAACAAUAACAACAUCAACACCACCACCAACAAUAACAGAAUAAAUAAAGCCAAGAACUCCAUUUUUAAAUCCAUGUCCAUCUCAAGCGGAAGUCUUCACAAAUGUGUAGAUUGUGACAAAGUGUUCAACAAGGCAUGCUAUCUGACGCAACACAACAAGAGCUUUCAUUCAGGGCACAAGCCAUACAAGUGUGACCGGUGCGGGAAGAGAUUCAUGAUAGAGAUGACCUAUGAGCAACACUUGGCAAAGCAUGCGGGCGAGAAGCCAUACAAGUGUGACGUGUGCCCCAAGCAGUUCAAUCACAAGACAGAUCUGCGUCGUCACAUGUGCCUGCACACCGGGAUGAAGCCCUUUCAAUGCAACAUCUGUAGCAAGGGCUUCAUACGCAAAGACCACAUGCUGAAACACUGCGAGACUCAUCGCAGGAAGGCCGCUCAUCCACAUAAUGGCAUUCAGGUGGUGUCAGCAAAGUAAAUACAAUUUUAUAUCAGAUAUAAUUAAUCAAUUCUUAAUUUGUGACCUGAAAAAGCCAAUGCUGAUUUUUAAGACUAAGACUAAAUUUUAUAAUUAUUUUUAAAUGUGGCAUCGCAAAUGCAGAAAGGAUUCAGUUUCGACCUCCAAUUAUUUAAUCACCUGUACUGAUUUUAAAAUUAGGUUUGUCGAGAACAGACUUUUCUUUAUAAUGACAAACCGUAAACGUUUCAUAAGAAACCUGGCUUUUUUAUUAUAAAGAUCAAGGUGAGAUUUGAGGUUAUGAGUGUGACAAGUAUGAUAGAUGGCUGUCUUCUGACCGCACGGUGCGACAUCUCAAAAGACAGCUAUCUGCAGACAAAGAUUGAAUUCAUAAUUCAACAUAAUUGUAGCAGAAUGUCUCAUUUGUUGUAAUGAAUUUGACUUACAGAAUUUGAUUGGUUCCUGCAGUGAUAAAGUAUUCUAAAUGACUGUCCGUUAAGUCUUAGAGUAGUACAUUAAAUUGUUUCACCUUUGUUAGAUAAUGUUGGUUUAAACUUAAAUUGGAGAAGAACUGUUGAAUGCAAUAUUAAUUAAUGAGUUUAUACUGAGUCAAUUGUGAAAGUUUUUGAGAGGUUUAUGAUGAGUGGUUAUAUCAUUCCAAUGUACAGUAUUUUGGAAAUUUUUUUGUUUGCAAACUGAGUGUUUGGAAUCAUCAGGCCUAAUUUCUGAUGGAGGGAUCCUCAGUUUCUAGAAUCCCAAGAAAUUAAUUUGGUUCAAGUUCCAGUUGAGUGUAAUUGUGAGAUUACAUCCUGUUGUGAUAUUUAAUGUUUAAUUUUGCUUUGUAUAUUUCCAUGACACAACUUUUAUAUAUACGGAUUUAUAAAAUGGUUGUUAAGAUUACAUAACGCUACAUAUCUCAAGAUGCCACGUGUCAUACAGUUUUUCCUGUUUUCUCGAGUAUGUGAUGAUUCUUUUAAGGGCUUACAUAAUAUUGUGUUUCCUCCUCGGUUUUCUGAACUGUGCCUCGAUCGGUGAACUCUAUUCCAUUGACAUGAAGCGACAUAUUCACCUCAUAUCAUGGCAGUCGACCUAAUUAUUGUUAUAUAUUAUUUUUACAAGACUGAUACUGUAAGAUAUUCCAAUAAAUACCAUAUUCAGGGUUAAUAAAGCAACUAGCAGUUUUUGUGUUACUGUUGCUAUUGUAAAUGUAGAAUUCAUUAUGUUGGUGUUGAUCUUGUUAAAGUUAUGCACCAUUACUAAAGAUAGGGAGAUUUUUAAGUGUUUUAAAUUAUAUCUGUUCUUUACGGGUGUGUAGGAUAACGCUUGGAAGUAACAGCAUUUUGUUUGUCAGAGGAAACGUAAUGUUCAAUCUGUAGAAAUACAAGAUAGAUAGCGUGAUUGUCUCUAACGGAGGUUAACAGAGGGAGGAAGUCUGUCAGUCAGCCUGACAUGUUUCCCCCUUCUUUCUGCAUUAUGGACAAUCGUAUAUUACGAGUCGAAAGCCACUUUUGGACAGGCUGCAGUAGCUUGUCCACGACUGAGCCAGCAAUCUGAGCAUCAUCUCAACAAUGUGCCAAUCAAAGCAGAGGGUUGUCAUAUAAUUUAUUGUGUAAGAUAACUUAUGUUUUAGUCUCCUGAUACAUGGACGGGUUUUGCCAUUGGUUGAACUUAGUGUUACGACUACCUCAGCAAUAAUGAGUAAUCAUGUACAUAUAUUAUCAGAGUGCGAUCCAAUAUCGCCAUUUGUGUUUUUUUAGGUUAUUAAAGAAAUUUUCAUAAAAGCAAAA